CGCGCGGAGGAAGCCGGUUCAACAGGGAAAAGGGAAGAUUCAGCAGAUCACGGGCAUUAUACCCACGAUGCCAUUCCUGAAGCCACGAUCUCUCGCCUCCACGAUGCCAGCCAUUUCUGGAGGUCGGGACACAAGACCUUCUCUGGCUUUAUAAAAGCCAAAGAAAGGCCUCAGCAAAAGGGGGAGGCAGAGCACAAAGGAGGAAAAAAAACAAAGCAAAAGGCACAAAUUCACAGACGAGCGGGAGAAGCAGGGGGUGAGAACCAGAGAAAAAAAUGGAGAGGCAGAGCACGAACCGAAACAAACACAGGGGGAACGAGCUGGAGGACAUACAGAGAGAGAGUCAAGAGAACAGAGAGAACAGAACACAACAAGGGAAACAGAAACAGAACAAUAGAAAAAGAAAGAGCAAGGAUCAGGAAGGAAGCUUGAAGACAGGAGCUUCGCCCAGCGUCUGCCGAUUCGUGCAAAGUCUCUGCGAAACCAGACAUCAAGGAUUUUUGCCUGAAUCAGUGUCCGAAGAUCUUUCCACAACCCAGGUCUAUCUGACAUGCAACAAUACGUCCUUGAAGAGACCGAUUUCUAGACUACCUGAAGCUCGGACUCUAAAAAGGCAAGGAUAGUUCCUGGUAUGAUUCCUCUUAUUCCACCUCCAUCGAUGCUAAGAACAGUGAUUUGGUUUCCAAAAGUUGGAGGUUGAAUGGGUGAUCUUAAAGUCUCGAUAUGAGAGAUUGAGGAGGAAUUCAAAGGCAUGGCUAGGUAAUAGUACUGAUCGAGAGCCUAGAAGCGGAAGAGUUAGAGGUGUUUAGCUUAAACUUUCUGAGAGCCUUGGGAGAUGUAUAUAGCUAGUGCUGAAAUCUAAUUAAGUUUUGAAACUUGUAAUUUCCCAAAGGGAGUGUGGAGGUAUUUAUAGACUUCUGUGCUUCAUGAAGCAUGGAAUUUUCAAUAAAGUUGAAAGAUUUUACUCACCCAAA